AUGUCAAUCAAGAAGGAAGGUGCCCACAAGAAGUGGGCUGCCCUGAAGGAGAAACUUGGCCCCCAGGAGACUGACCAGUCCGAGGCCAACCUGGAGAAUGCAGAGCCAGAGCUGUGCAUCCGUCUCCUGCAGAUGCCAUCGGUGGUGAACUACUCUGGGCUGAAGAAGCGGCUGGAGAACAGCGACGAUGCCUGGAUGGUGCAGUUCCUGGAGCUGUGUGGACUGGACCUCCUCCUGGAGGCCCUGGACAGGCUGUCAGGGCGAGGGGUGGCCAGGAUUUCUGAUGCCUUGCUUCAGCUCACCUGCAUUAGCUGUGUGAGAGCAGUCAUGAACUCCCACAAGGGCAUCGAAUACAUUGUGAGCAACGAGGGCUACGUCAGAAAACUCUUCCAAGCACUUGACACAACUAAUGUCAUGGUGAAAAAGCAAAUAUUCGAGCUUCUGGCUGCACUGUGCAUUUACUCCUCAGAUGGCCACGCUCUGGCUCUGGAUGCCUUGGACCAUUACAAGAGUGUGAAGAACCAGCAGUAUCGAUUCAGCAUCAUCAUGAAUGAGCUCUCCAACACAGACAAUGUGCCCUACAUGGUGACCCUGCUGAGUGCUAUCAAUGCCAUCAUCCUGGGGAACGAGGAGCUAAGAACCAGGACACAAAUCAGAAAUGAAUUCAUAGGGCUUCAGCUGUUGGAUAUUUUGGACAAGCUGAGGUAA